ACCAUCACAUCCUCUUACCACGGCGUAAGUUCCUUUGUAUGCGCUGUACGGUACGACUGUCAGAACUGCAGUAACUCAACAGCAUAGUGAAGACUUUGGAAAAGCGAGCAUUUUAAAGAUCCUCUUUCGACAAUGGACGGCCCACCAGAAAGCUAUGAAGAUGCCAUCGAUUCUUCUGAGAGUAAACCAAUGGAGGGAGUAUUCCACACCCACCUGGAUGAAAGGGUCCGUCCUUACAUCGAUCUGAUCGACUCCCUGAGAGGGAUCGGCAUUGAGAAGGACCUGGCUCUGCCGGCCAUCGCUGUGAUUGGAGACCAGAGCUCUGGCAAGAGCUCCGUACUGGAGGCCCUGUCUGGAGUGUCACUGCCCAGAGGGAGCGGUAUAGUCACCAGAUGUCCCCUUGAGCUGAAGCUGAGGAAGCUCAGAGGCGGAGUGCAGUGGAAGGCCAUCCUCUCUUACAAUGAGGAGUACAUCCAGUUUGACGAUCCUUCACUGGUGGAACGCUAUGUGGCUGAAGCCCAGAAUGAGCUGGCUGGAGAAGGUGUGGGGAUCUGUGAUGACCUGAUCACUCUGGAGAUCAGCUCCCCUGAUGUGUGUGACCUCACCCUGAUCGAUCUACCCGGGAUCGCCCGAGUCCCUGUGAAAGGCCAGCCGGAGGAUAUAGGGGACCAGAUAAAAAGUCUCAUCCUCAACUUUAUUGAGAAGAGUGAAACCAUUAUACUGGUAGUGGUGCCAUGUAAUGUUGACAUAGCAACCACAGAAGCUCUGAGGAUGGCCCAGGAAGUGGAUCCUGAGGGGAAGAGGACUCUGGCUAUCCUGACAAAGCCGGACCUGGUUGACAAAGGCACAGAGAAGAACGUUCUGGACAUUGUCCGAAAUCAAGUUAUUCCGCUGAGCAAGGGCUACAUCAUUGUGAAAUGCCGUGGUCAGAAGCAGAUCAAUGAUAGAAUCUCCCUGACUGAUGCCACAAGGAUAGAGAGAGAUUUCUUCAGACGCCAUGAGUACUUUAGUUGUCUUCUGUAUGAGGAAAAAGCAACCACACAGUGUCUUGCCUCAAAACUGACCCAGGACCUGGUGGACCAUAUCAAAAAAUCCCUGCCGAUCAUAUCGGAGCAGAUUAAGAAACAGCUGUGGGACACCAGGAAGGAGCUGAGCCAGUGUGAGGAGGGGCCGCCCUUGGACCCCCACAAGAGGAAGACUUUCCUUAUUGAUACUCUGACCCACUUCAAUGACAAGAUAAACCGACUGUCCACGGGGGAGGUCGUCAAUGAAGAAAACCUAUUCAUCCUUCUGCGCUCUGAAUUUAAAAAGUGGAACGAUCACCUGGACAACACGAAAGCAUCAUUCCACAAAACGGUGCAGGAAGUGAUCAAUGAAUAUGAUUCCAAACACAGAGGGAGAGAGUUGCCUUGUUUUAGCGACUACAACGUGUUUGAGAUGGUCGUUCAGAGGCUGGUGGUGGCACUCAAGGGGCCAGCGAUAGACACGAUGAAGGUUGUCAGAGAGACUGUCCAGCAGCAGUUUACUGACGUGACUAAAAUGUGCUUCCCGUGUUAUCCUUUUCUUCAAUGCGUUUCAUCGAACAAGAUAGACAACAUCCAGUCCAAGCAGCAGGCCAAAGUGGAGGAGAGGAUCCUGGAGCAGUUUGAAAUGGAACAGCUGGUCUACACUCAGGACGGCAUUUACUUCAAGUCCCUGAACGAGUGUGCCUCUGCGGGGGUUUCAGAGGACAACUGCGCUGGGUUCGACAGCAGGGUCAAGUACCCCGAGAUGCUCAGGGCCUACUAUGAGAUCGUGGUCCAGCGUCUGGCUGACCAGGUGCCCAUGCUGAUCCGCUUCUUCCUGCUGAAGGAGUCGGCCCAGCUGCUGUGCAGGGAGAUGCUGAACCUGAUGGACGGUGGGAACGUGAAUGAGAUCCUACGUGAGGAGUCUGAGGUCAGCCGCCGGAGGGUCGACAUGCAGAACCGCAUGGAGCGCCUCACCCUGGCCCAGAGCAAGCUCGGCAACUUCCUCUGA